AUGGCCGCGGUUAAGUUUGCAGUCAUCGAUGUAAACGAUUUUUUAACUCGAAAACAAACCACCGAGCCUGAUUUGGCUUCGGAUUGGGCUAAAUUAGAGGAGCUUUAUAAUAAAAAACUAUGGCACCAGCUUACUUUGAAGAUACAGGAGCUGGUUGAACACCCUUCACUACAGGCUAAAGACAACUUAAUCCAACUUUAUUCCAAUUUCAUUAGCACAUUUGAAAACAAAAUCAACCCAUUAUCUCUAGUUGAGAUCAUCGCUCAUGUUAUAAAGCAGUACACCAACAAGAAAGACGCAAUUGCAUUCCUCGAGAAGGUGGAAGGAAAAGUUAAAAUUAAUGAUGAGGCUCUUGCGCUUUGUAAGGUACUUCAAGGCCAAAUCUACCUGGAACAGUUGAAUGACCUUGAUGCCACAGAGAAGAUUAUAGAACAACUUGAGGGAACAUUAGAGGAUGCUGAUGGGGUUACUCCCGUGCAUGGUCGGUUUUAUAAGCUUGCCUCAGAGUAUUACAGAGUGCGCGGCCCCAUGGCGAAGUACUACCGCUGCGCGCUGCGCUACGUGGGGUGCGCGGGCGGCGGCGCGGGGCUGGCGCCCGACGAGCGCCGCGCCACCGCCCUGCGCCUGGCGCUCGCCGCCGUCAUCGCGCCCACCGUCUACGACCUGGGCGAGCUGCUCGCUCAUCCGAUCCUCGAAUCUUUGGAAGGUACGUCAGACGCGUGGGCGUGUGAGCUGGUUCGUGCGGUGGCCGCCGGAGACGUGGCAGCCUUCGAGAGGGUCCGAGCCCAGUCCCUUCACCCGGACCUGGCGCGUGCGGACAGGCAACUCAGACAGAAGAUCGCUAUACUGUGUCUCAUGGAGAUGGCCUUCAACCGUACAUCAGCUCAGCGCAAGCUCACCUUCGCAGAGAUAGCGAGAGAAGCACGAGUUCCCAUCGAUGAAGUGGAACUUUUAGUUAUGAAAGCAUUGGCUGAGAAACUUAUCAGAGGACAUAUUGAUCAGGUGUCGAGCUGUGCUCACAUCGGCUGGGUCCGGCCGCGCGCGCUGCCGCGGGCCGGCGCGGCGGCGCUGGCGCAGCGCCUGGACACGUGCGCCUCCCCCCACUCUACUGGCCUCUCGCUCGAGUGGUGGAGAGUUUUACAAUCUGAGUAA